AGUCCUGUCAGCUUCCGGUAGAAGAGCUCAGCCACAUCCCGGCCGCCACUGUCCCCACGGACUAUCGGGUUGAAGGGCAGCUAAGGAGUCGGCAACACAGGCUGGCUCUGGGACACAACUUCCACCCAGCCUCUCCCCACCCCAUGGACCCGCGGGUCAAGGAUACAGUCCUUGUAGAUGAGUGGGUCUCCCUUGGAGGACAGAAUGAAGAACUGGGAAAUCAUGGCCGUUCUGGAGGGUAGACAAGGAGACAGCAAAAAUUGGGCGUGCCCCUCCCAGCGGGCCUGGAACAAAAGGACGCGCCUGGGCUGGCCCUUUAAGAACGAUUUUCCUCGGACGCGGGAAACCCGGCGCUCGCCCCGCCUCGCCAAACCUGUUCCUCCCUACACAAGCGCUGCUAUCCCGUCAUUCAGCCCAGGCUCGCCCGGUGAUUGGCUAAGACCGGAAACCCGCGGGGAAUGGGAGGGCGAAGGACAUCCUCUCUGAUUGGCCCGCACGCAGCGGCGUAAGUCACGUGUUGGGCGACGUUUCGCGCCAAUUUCGGUUGGUCAGCCGCAGUCCGCCUCGCGGGCGUUCGCUGCUACCGAGUGAGCGCUUUGAGCCCGCCAACUGCUGCGGCGCGAAUCUCGGCAGCAAUGGCACUUAGGGACUACGCGCUCGAGAAAGAAAAGGUGAAGAAGUUUCUACAAGAGUAUUAUCAGGAUGAUGAGUUUGGCAAGAAGCAGUUCAAGUAUGGGAACCAAUUGGUUCAACUGGCUCAUCGGGAGCAAGUGGCAGUGUACAUAGACCUAGAUGAUGUGGCCGAGGAGGACCCUGAGUUGGUGGACUCAAUUUGUGAGAACACCAAGCGCUAUGCAAAGCUCUUUGCUGAUACUGUACAAGAGCUGUUGCCUCAGUACAAGGAGAGAGAGGUGGUAAAUAAAGAUGUUCUGGAUGUUUACAUUGAGCACCGGCUGAUGAUGGAGCAGCGGAGCCGGGACCCUGGUGCAGCCCGAAGCCCCCAGAACCAGUAUCCUCCUGAACUCAUGCGUAGAUUUGAGCUGUACUUUCAAGGCCCAAGUAGUAACAAGCCUCGUGUGAUCCGGGAAGUACGGGCUGAUUCUGUGGGGAAGUUGGUAACUGUGCGUGGAAUCGUCACUCGUGUCUCUGAAGUCAAACCCAGAAUGGUGGUGGCCACUUACACUUGUGACCAGUGUGGGGCAGAGACCUACCAGCCGAUCCAGUCUCCCACUUUCAUGCCUCUGAUCAUGUGCCCAAGCCAGGAGUGCCAAACCAACCGCUCAGGAGGGCGACUAUAUCUGCAGACUCGUGGCUCUAAAUUCAUCAAGUUUCAGGAGAUGAAGAUGCAAGAACAUAGUGACCAAGUACCAGUGGGAAAUAUCCCUCGUAGCAUCACAGUGUUGGUAGAAGGAGAGAACACCCGGAUUGCCCAGCCUGGGGACCAUGUCAGUGUCACUGGUAUCUUCUUGCCAAUCUUGCGCUCUGGGUUCCGACAGGUGGUACAGGGUUUACUCUCGGAAACUUACCUGGAAGCUCAUCGGAUUGUGAAGAUGAAUAAGAGUGAAGAUGAUGAAUCUGGGGCUGGAGAGCUGAGCAGAGAGGAGCUGAGGCAUAUUGCAGAGGAGGAUUUCUAUGAAAAGCUGGCAGCCUCCAUCGCCCCAGAGAUAUAUGGGCAUGAAGAUGUAAAGAAGGCACUGCUGCUCCUGUUGGUGGGAGGUGUGGACCAGUCUCCUCGAGGCAUGAAAAUCAGGGGCAACAUCAACAUCUGCCUGAUGGGGGAUCCUGGUGUGGCUAAGUCUCAGCUCCUGUCUUACAUUGAUCGUCUGGCCCCCCGCAGCCAGUACACAACAGGCCGAGGCUCCUCUGGAGUGGGGCUUACAGCAGCUGUGUUGAGAGACUCUGUGACUGGAGAACUGACCUUAGAGGGUGGGGCCCUCGUACUGGCUGACCAGGGUGUAUGCUGCAUUGAUGAGUUUGACAAGAUGGCUGAGGCCGACCGCACAGCCAUCCACGAGGUCAUGGAGCAGCAGACCAUCUCCAUUGCUAAGGCAGGCAUUCUAACUACACUUAAUGCCCGCUGCUCCAUCCUGGCUGCCGCCAACCCUGCAUAUGGGCGCUACAACCCUCGCCGCAGCCUGGAGCAGAACAUACAGCUUCCUGCUGCACUCCUCUCCCGAUUUGAUCUCCUCUGGCUGAUCCAGGACCGGCCCGACCGAGACAAUGACCUACGGUUGGCCCAGCAUAUCACCUACGUGCACCAGCACAGCCGGCAGCCUCCCGCCCAGUUUGAACCUUUGGACAUGAAGCUUAUGAGACGUUACAUAGCUGUGUGCCGAGAGAAGCAACCCACAGUGCCAGAGUCUCUGGCCGACUAUAUCACAGCAGCAUAUGUGGAGAUGAGGCGAGAGGCUUGGGCUAGUAAGGAUGCCACCUAUACUUCUGCCCGGACGCUACUGGCUAUCCUACGACUGUCCACAGCCCUGGCACGUCUGCGAAUGGUAGACACAGUGGAGAAGGAAGAUGUGAAUGAAGCCAUAAGGUUAAUGGAAAUGUCAAAGGACUCACUUCUGGGUGACAAAGGACAAACAACUAGGACCCAGAGACCAGCAGAUGUCAUAUUCGCCACUGUCCGUGAGUUGGUCUCAGAGAGCCGAAGUGUCCGGUUUUCCGAGGCAGAGCAGCGCUGCAUAUCUCGUGGCUUCACACCUGCCCAAUUCCAGGCAGCUCUAGAUGAGUAUGAGGAGUUAAACGUCUGGCAGGUCAAUACUGCCCGGACACGGAUCACUUUUGUCUAAUUUCAACCAACUUGAGACACUGGGGUCAACUCUGCUAAACUUCCCCUCCUUCCCUUAAAGAUCUUUCAAGACCGCCCCCUUUUUCCUGAUCUGCCCUUGUUUUAUUCCUUUUGCUAAUAAAGUGUUUGUAGAUCGCUGCCUUCUAUUAAAACAGGGUAUUGUCCAUUUUCUAGAUGCA